UGAAGAUUAUCGGGCAUAUUCAUGUACAGCCCAGCUAAAACUGUUAUUGAACAACAACAGAAUAUUGCCAGGAAUGUAAAAAAUAAGACAUUUCUCAUUCAGUGCACUUGUCCGCAGCAGACAUUUUUCCGGCUACGCUUUCAUUGAAACAUUAUCCGCAUCCGCUAUGUCGUUUCUAAUCCAAACAAGAAAGUAUUUCCUUGUACUCGUUUUUUAUAAAAGAACAAAACCACUUUACUCUUGCCAUGAAUUAAAAUAAAUCCAGUAUUUGUUUCCGAAAUACCUCGCAAUUUCUUCCCUCGACCCAUCGCUUAGAAUGCUCACUCUAUAAAAUAUAUAAUUGCUUAUUCCGUACAUAUGUUACACAAAUUAUAGCAACACGUGAAUCCUGGGCUAACGGAAGUCCAAAAGUACGCAGGCGAGAAACACGAGAAAAGCGCAAUCGUAUAUUAUGAGAAAAACGUGCUUUAAAUGGCCAUGAGGAUCUACAGAGCAUCUCAUAAGUAUAUAACAACUGUUAUUAAAUGCGGUAAAGUAAAUAGAAUUGAAUAAAUUUAAGAAUGUUUUACGUCAGUGGUUUAUACGUACUUCUUUAUUGGAUAUGUCAUAUAAUCAUUGUUUUAAGUACGAUAUAAGCCUCAAACGAUCAUAUAUGUAAAAUACUGCACGGUCCUUAGCGCUGACGCGUUGCGGCAGUCCAAUAUUUUACAUAUUGGAUCGUUUUCGCCUUAUAUCCUAUACAUAAUCUAUUUCAUUACACGGAUUGUAUUAGAAAUUAACCGCGCAUUCCAGCUAAACGUGGUUUAUGCGUGUUUAAAUCACUUACUUACAAUAUUGAAUAUUUUUCUUUGGAAAAAUAUAUUUUACAAAAUUAUGUCAAAUAUCGUUCAAACUGUAUUUAGAGGCAAACGGCUGUUUACGAUUUUAAUUAUUCUAUGGUUUACAUAUAUAUUCACAUGCUUGAAUAUGUUUACUAGAGAUAAAUAUGCGCGUGCGAUUAGAGGAAAAAAAAUAUGUGUUGAAUAAGGAUUAUCCUAUAAUUGAAUACACCUGUAACAAAUGUUUAACACUGAGUCUUUCAUACUUAAUAAAUAACAAAAAUGUUUGCAGAAAUGACGUACCAGACAAGACCAUCGAUAUUUUGAUACUAAUUACAACAGUAAGCGAUCAUUUUGAAAUUCGACAAACACUUAGGUCAACAUGGCUGAAUUACACAAGAAAAAACACAGCUAAUGUACGUUAUGUAUUCCUUCUUGGUGAUAGAAGUGGUUUCGCUCUACGAACGUCUAUUAUUAAGGAAAAUGCAAAGUACAAAGACAUUGUUAAAGGAAAUUUUAUCGAUUCAUACAGAAACCUAACAUAUAAAACUAUGCUAGGACUUAAAUGGACAGUUUCUUUCUUUUCAAAGGCAAGGUUUGUUUUAAAAACAGACGAGGAUGUGUUUGUUAAUAUACCAAAUAUUUUGAAAUUGAUUUACAACAAAAGUGAAGAUUUUGAUAAGACAUUGGGUCGAAAAUGUACCAGUAUACAGCCAGUGGAAAGAAGUGUGAGUUCAAACUCUUAUAUUCCGAAGAGUAUUAACAAUAAUGACACAUAUCUACCAUUUUGCUCAGGGACUGGCUAUAUAUCAAGCAUGGUUUUAAUAAAGGAAAUAUACAACGUAUCCAUUAAUGUUACUUUCUUUCCUUUAGAAGACGUUUAUAUUGGAAUGUGUGCGAAAGUAUUAGGUGCUAAACUAAAAGAUAUUAUUUAAUAAGGGUUUUGCAAGUGAUACUGCUAUACGCAAUCACUGUAUUUUGCAAAACAGAAACAUUUACACAAUUCAUAGUGUUAGCUCUAGUGAACUUAAAUACAUUUGGACGUCUUCCUGCACAAGUUUGUGAAUAAUUUAAUUUACUCUCUUAUUCGACAGUGCUUGUUACGUUGACAAGUACGUACAAGUUGAUGAUACUGACCGAAUAUUUUGAAACGUUUUAAAGUUAAAUAUUUCCAUGAAUGAUGUUGUUUUUGAAUUGCGGUUGACACAACCAGAUCAACAGUUUUAACAAGACAGUUGGUCUGAACUCCAUACUGUAAUACAGUAAUUCUUUGUUUAGCUUGCGCACAAACAGACUUUACUUGAGUUGAGGACAGUCGAUCUUAUCUGUUUUGUUUUUUUUUUUUUUGUUUUUUUUUUGUCUUCCAUUUUGUUUUUGUUUAAGCAGCCGUAAGUCAAUGAAACGUUUGUUACCGAAGUGAUUUAGAAAAUAUAGAAAAUUGUAAGAUAUGAAAGCCAAUUCAAUGGAUGGAGAAGACGAUUCUACAGAUCAGAAGCAUUUUAUUUUCCACUAAAAGAUAAAUACAGUGAUGCUCUGGUU